GAGCGCAAUUGAAUUCGUUCGCACUGAGCUAAGAGAUUUCUCUGGCUUCCAUUCUAUCAGCAAUACACACUGAUUAUAAUUAAAUUUAUAAGAACUUUUGUCAUAUAUAUAUAUAUAUAUAGAGAGAGAGAGAGAGAGAGAGAGAUCAGAAGAGAUUCACAACCACUGGGAAAGUGAAUCCGAUAUUAUUGGCAAGCCAUGUUGCUGCACUUGUUGCUAUUUCUAGCCCUUUAUACCAUCUUCAAUCACUUCGUGAACAAGAUCCGAAACCUCCCACCAAGCCCUUAUCCCGCCCUUCCAAUAGUUGGCCAUCUCUACCUUUUCAAGAAACCCCUGCAUCGAGCCCUCUCCAAAAUAUCAAACCGACAUGGUCCAGUACUUCUCCUCCACUUCGGCUUUCGCCCUGUCGUGGCCAUCUCUUCUCCUUCAGCGAUCGAGGAAUGUCUGACCAGAAACGACGCCGUCUUAGCGAACCGUCCUCGUUUGCUCCCUGGUAAACACUUGGGAUACAACUAUACCAGCCUCGCCUGGGCCCCAUACGGCGACCACUGGCGAAACCUCCGCCGAAUCGCGUCCCUCCAAAUCCUGUCAUCCAGUCGUCUGCAGAACCUCUCUCACAUACGCCAUGAUGAGGUCCGGUCGCUUAUUCGACGGUUCUUGCGCUAUGAGAAUCAAACGGUGGAGAUGAAAUCCAUGUUUUUCGAGCUGACUCUGAACGUCAUGAUGAGAAUGAUAGCCGGCAAACGUUACUACGGAGAAAACGUGGCGGAGGUAGAGGAAGCCAAGAAGUUUCAGGAGAUCGUGACGGCAACGUUUCGGUUGGGGGCUGUAACCAAUAUCAGUGAUUUUCUGCCGGUGUUAAAGUGGGUCGGUGGUAGAUCAGGUUACGAAAACAGUUUAAUUGAAUUGCAGAAAACUAGAGACGGAUUCAUGCAACGGCUAAUAGAUGAGUAUAAAGAAAAGGCAAGUCGUGGAACUGUCUCCGGAGAUAAGAAGAAGACCAUGAUUGAAGUUUUGUUAGGCCUCCAAGAGUCAGAGCCCGAGUACUAUACAGAUGAGAUUAUCAAAGGCAUCAUGGUGGUACUAUUAGCAGCUGGAACGGAUACCUCAGCUGGGACCAUGGAGUGGGCAAUGUCCCUCCUGCUGAACCAUCCAGAAGUACUGAAAAAGGCUCAAAACGAAAUAGAUCAAGUUAUCGGAAACGACAGGCUGAUGGAUGAAUCCGAUUUAGCCAAGCUUCCUUAUCUCAACUGCGUUGUGAAUGAGACGCUGAGGAUGUAUCCGGCGGGACCCUUGCUAGUACCCCAUGAGUCAUCGGAGACGUGCGUUGUCAAGGGGUUUCGGAUUCCACGUGGUACAAUGGUACUCAUCAAUAUAUGGGCCGUGCAGCGUGAUCCUAAGAUUUGGGAUGAGCCCACUAAAUUUAAGCCCGAGAGGUUUAAGGACUUGGAGGGGACUCGAGAUGGGUUCAAAUUCAUGCCUUUUGGAUAUGGGAGAAGAAGCUGCCCGGGAGAAAACUUGGCCUUGAGAACGGUGGGCUUAGCGUUGGGCUCGCUGAUUCAGUGUUUUGAGUGGGAAAGGCUUACCCAAGAGCUGGUGGACAUGACUGAAGCAUCUGGGUUAACCAUGCCCAAAGCUCAUGCUUUGCAGGCUAAGUGCCGCCCCCGCCCAAACAUGAUCAACAUACUUUCUCAAAUAUGAGCAUUUGUGGAAAUUCAGUCCAAUUAUUCAGUGCUUAUCAGAAUAUGUAAAUUAAAAAGUGAGCAACAAGGUGGAAUGCUAUUUCAAUAGACUGGAUAUUUUUCGGGCCUUUCACCAUUGAUCAACCGGUUGAACCCAGCAAAAAAAGAGAUUGUUGUUUUUGAAAAGUCAUAUUGUUGUUUUUGAUUUGCUAUCUUUUAUCUCAAAUUUCCUUUAAUUUCUCUAUAAUGACGAAGCUAAGAAUGAAAAGACUAUAACGAGCUUGUAUU